UCGCGAUACUGGAUGCUGAUGGAGAGAGACGGAGCAGCGGAUCAACUCACGGUUUGAACGGAGCAUUUAACGGCUUUCAGCGGCGGCACAAUGUCCUCCCGGCGGAUCCUCUGCUUCGUGGCUCUCGCCUUCUUCUGGAGCUCCACGUCGGCCGAGAAGCGGAGGCUGUCUCCAGAAAACCUGCUGGUGGUCACCGCGGCAACCGAGGAGACGGACGGAUUCCAGCGCUUCAUGAGGACGGCGAGAGAAUUCAACUACACCGUGAAGGUGCUGGGUCUGGGUGAGGACUGGAAGGGUGGAGACGUUGCUCGGACAGUGGGUGGAGGUCAGAAGGUCCGGUGGAUGAAGAAGGAGCUGCUCAAACACUCUGACAACAAGGACCUGGUCAUCAUGUUCGUGGACAGUUACGACGUGAUCUUUGCGUCUGGACCCGAGGAGCUGCUCUCCAAGUUCUCUCGACUGGGCCACAGGGUGGUGUUCUCAGCCGAGGGGUUCUGCUGGCCCGACCAGCGCCUGGCCUCCAGAUACCCUGAGGUGCAUUCUGGGAAACGCUACCUCAACUCAGGAGGGUUCAUCGGCUUUGCGUCGGACCUCAGCGCCAUCGUCCAGCAGUGGAAGUACAAAGACAACGACGACGACCAGCUGUUCUACACCCGGAUCUACCUGGACAAGGCCCAGAGGACCAAGUUCAACAUGACUCUGGAUCAUCGCUCCAGGAUCUUCCAGAACCUGAACGGAGCCGUUGACGAGGUGGUGCUGAAGUUUGAGCGGGCGAAGGUCAGAGCGAGGAACGUGGCCUAUGACACACUGCCCGUCAUCAUCCACGGCAACGGGCCCACCAAGCUGCAGCUCAACUACCUGGGAAACUACGUCCCCACGGCCUGGACCUACGAGAGCGGCUGCGGGAUCUGCGACGACGACCUGCUGUUCUUCACCGACGUACCUGACGAGGAGCUGCCGCUGGUGUACGUGGCCGUCUUCAUCGAGCACGCCACGCCCUUCAUGGAGGAGUUCCUGGACCGGCUGACCACGCUGAACUACCCGGCCGGGAGGAUCCGCCUCUUCAUCCACAACAACGUGGUGUACCACGAGCGCCACAUCCAGAGGUUCUGGGAGCGUCACCGGGCCCUGUUCCCCGACGCCCUGCUGGUCGGACCAGAGGAGAACCUGCAGGAGGACAAGGCCAGAACCAUGGCAGUCGAGGCCUGUAAGAAGGACCCAGAGUGCGACUACUACUUCAGCAUCGACUCCGACGUGGCUUUAACCAACCCCGACACUCUGAGGAUCCUGAUAGAGGAGAACAAGUCGGUGAUAGCGCCAAUGCUGUCCAAACACGGGAAGCUGUGGAGUAACUUCUGGGGCGCUCUGAGUCCUGAAGGAUAUUACUCCAGAUCUGAGGACUACAUCGAGAUCGUGCAGGGCAAGAGGAUCGGCCUGUGGAAUGUGCCCUACAUCACUCAGGCCUACCUGAUCAAAGGCAGCAUGCUGCGAUCCACACUGUCCCAGGUGAGCCUGUACGUGGACGAGGGGAUGGACCCUGACAUGGUGUUCUGCCGGAGCAUUCGAGACCAGGGCAUCUUCAUGUUUGUGUCCAACCGGGACGAGUUUGGGCGUUUAGUGGCAUCGUCCAACUUCAACACGUCCAGGCUGCACCCGGACAUGUGGCAGAUCUUCGACAACCCCAUGGACUGGAAGGAGAAGUACAUCAAUGAGAACUACUCCAAGAUCUUCGAGGAUGAGAAGGCCUUUGUGGAGCAGCCCUGUCCAGAUGUUUACUGGUUUCCAGCUUUCUCAGACAAGAUGUGCGACCAUCUGGUGGAGACCAUGGAGGACCAUGGCGAGUGGUCUGGAGGAUCGCACAAGGACGAGCGACUGGCCGGUGGUUAUGAAAACGUCCCCACUGUGGACAUCCACAUGAACCAGAUUGGCUUUGAGAAAGAGUGGCUCAAAUUCCUCAAAGAGUACAUCGUUCCAGUCACCGAAAAACUCUAUCCAGGAUAUUACCCCAAGGUACGGUCCAGACCCGAACCC